AUGGGACGUACAAAAGGAAAAAACGGAAAGCCAGUCAAAAAGUCUGAAACUGAUGCGACCGCCCCGACCCCAGUCGACCGCCCCAAAAAUCCUCCCCAACCGCAAGAUACUUCAAAGGAACUUAGCCAAAAACAAAAACAACCACUUUCACUAGAGAAAACUCGAGCUGAAAAGAAGAAGAAGAAACAAAAGAAACAAAAGAAAUCAAAGAACCCUAAAAACAAAGGAAAACACGAAGAAGAACUAGAAAACGAAUUAUUUACCAGUUCCGAAGAGAAAAGCCCGAUGGAAGAGGACGUUUUGACUGCAAAAAAAGACGAGGUUUCAGACGAGUGUGUUGACGACCAAAACUUAGUCGAUGCAAGUGACGAAGAAGAUUUAUGUCAGUUUUUCACUUCGAACGCGAUGGACUGCGAGAACAUCUUCGACGACGAUGAGUCGAAGGAAGACACUCCCGACACAGCCAAAGUCGCCGGAGAUGUCGACGCCGGCGCUAAUGCAACAAAUGAACAAAACGAAAGAGAAAGUGAAGAUAACGAAGAAAGUGAAAUGGAAGACGUUGAGACGGCGUUUGACGACUCGAGUGAGAGUGCCAUCCACGACAUCGCAAAUGAAUUUCCAAAGAGCGAACUCUACAAAACGGAUUUUGUCUUCGACGAACAGAAAUUUGCGAAUUUGAUAUAUUCGAUGACAAAAGAAAUGGCGACGGGAAAGAAAGAAGAUGAGUUCAGAAUUCACAAAGAAGCUAUUCAAGAACUGCAAGAUGGUGGGGAACAGUUCUUAGUCCGAAUUUAUCAAAAGGCGAUGCUUUGCGCAGAAAAUGCAGGAAGAAAUUAUGUGACGAACGGCGAUAUGAGAACAGCUAGACUCUGCGAAGGAACUCUCUUCACGGAUGAUUACCCAAAAGACAUGAGACAAAGUAAGGAUGUCACAUAUAGAAAUGAAAAAACUUUUUAA